AUGACAAACCAUAAAGAAGAUUGGCUUCUCUGGCAACUCUCAGACUCUGCCUUACCCACUGGUGGUUUUGUCGCCUCGUCAGGUCUCGAAUCUGCCAUUCACUCUGGCAACGUCCACGACAUUACUUCACUUUCAAAAUUCCUCGCUAGUAGCAUAAAAAAUUACGCUCACUCUGCUCUACCGUUCGUGUCUGACGCGUACAUUGCUGCUCAAAGUGUUGACGACGAGCAUGAGUGUUAUGAGCAUUUGGAGAGAUUAGAUAGGCUAUAUGAUGCAUGUACGAGCAAUAAUGUCACAAAGCGAGCAUCGAAAGCACAGGGUGUGGCCAUGCUAACAUUGUAUGGCAAGUCUUUUGCAGACGAAGAUGAUCAAUGGAACGACGUCGUGAGCAAGUUCAAGAAAGAAGUAAGAAAAAGAAGCGUGGACGGACACUUUCCUGUUUGUUUCGGUCUUGUGGCUAGGUUGGUUGGAUUGACUUUGGGGCGUACGCAACAUCUUUUCCUUUUUCUCUUUGCACGUGCAACUCUUUCUGCUGCCGUUCGAUUGAAUAUUGUGGGACCUUAUUAUUCGCAGAGGCUUUUGACAGAUUGUCAAUUGUACGUUGAAAUUACCUUGAAAGAAACUAGUACGCUUAGGUCUGAGGAUGCAGCGCAGACAUCGCCGCUUCUUGAUAUAUUCCAAGGAAGACACGACAACCUAUAUUCAAGACUAUUUAACAGUUAG